AUGUUUGGCUCAUUCCGCAAGACGCUCGACAUCGUCACUGUCUUCCACAAGGCUGGCUCCCCUGCUUCGACCAGGGUCGCCAACCUUCUGAAGCAGAUGUCAGUCAAUGCCCAGACGUCGGCGACCCAAGACCAAGCCAGCGAAGCGUCGAAAAAGCCCUCUCGUGACCCGUUUGAGCUCGACAUCACCGAGGAGCCCCCCACGCAGGAACAGGUCCAGACCAUUUUGGAAUACGUCGGCCAGAGCAACAUCUCGCACGUUAUAAAAGGUGCCACCGACGAGAAGGAUGCGUUGAAAAAGUUCAAGCAGAACAAGGAGAAUUUCCUUCGGCCUGUGACGGUGGACUGGAACAAUGGCAAGGCCAUUGCUGGUGCCGACGAGUCCCAAAUCCUCAAGCUUCUGAAGUCGAAGAAUUAG